AUGGAAUUAGGGGCUGUUUGGAAUUUGGAUGGCACUGAAAUACACAGUGUCUUUGAAAAAAGAAGACAUUUGCAGUGAAACUGAAAAGGAAUAGAGUGAAAUGGGAGAGCUUUACGCGCUGGACUUCGAUGGAGUCAUCUGUGAUAGCUGCGGUGAAAGCUCUCUCUCUGCUCUCAAGGCUGCAAAAGUGAGAUGGCCUGGUUUGUUUGAUGGGGUGAAUUCAGCUACACAAGAUUGGAUUGUUGAUCAGAUGCAUGCAGUGCGACCGGUGGUGGAAACUGGAUAUGAGAACCUUUUACUUGUAAGAUUGUUGCUAGAGACUAGAGCACCUUCCAUCCGGAAGUCAUCGGUUGCAGAGGGGCUCACAGUUGAUGGUAUAUUGGAGAAGUGGUCCAAGUUGAAGCCUGUUAUUAUGGAAGAAUGGGGUGAGAAUAGGGAUGCUCUGAUAGAUCUUUUUGGAAAGGUCAGAGAUGAGUGGUUGGAACAGAAUUUCGCGACUUGGAUUGGUGCAAACAGAAUAUAUCCUGGAGUUUCUGAUGCAUUAAAAUUUGCGAGCUCAAGAGUCUACAUUGUCACAACGAAGCAGAGCCGCUUUGCUGAUGCUAUACUCCGGGAGCUUGCUGGAGUGACCAUACCACCUGAAAGGAUAUAUGGUCUAGGAUCUGGUCCUAAGGUAGAAGUUCUGAAGCAGCUUCAAAAGAAACCAGAGCACCAAGGGCUGACACUGCACUUUGUUGAGGAUCGACUUGCUACCUUGAAAAAUGUCAUCAAAGAGCCUGAGUUAGACCAGUGGAAUUUGUAUCUAGGGAAUUGGGGUUACAACACUAGAAAAGAGAAAGAGGAAGCUGCAGCUAUCUCCAGAAUUCAAGUUCUUGAGCUCUCUGACUUCAGCAAGAAAUUGAAAUAGGAGCCUGCAAUGGAUUUGUAAUUGUCAAGGAUAUUGAACCAUGAACAAUAAAAAGUUUAUAGUAAACACGUUUUUUUUUACUUAGAAAAUUCCUCCCUUUUUUCUUGUUAAACUGCAGUAAUUUGCAUUUCUCCUAAAUGAAGAGAGGAUUUCUGAUAUUCUUGCAAUUGUGAAGACAAUUUUUUUCAGGAAUGUUCAUAAUCACAUGUUCCUUUAGCAGUAA